AUGGACCACAUUGAAAACUUUGAGAAGAUGUGUGGGUUCACUAAGGCGAAUGGAGUACCACCAGAUUACAUCAAGUGUACCCUGUUCCCUUUCUCUCUCGAUGGGAAGGCUGCUCGCUGGCUAGAUUCCCUACCCACUGGAUCGCUCACCACAUGGGAACAAGCCAGAUCCGCUUUCUUGAGCCAUUUCUACACGAAGUCAAAGACAUCAGCUCUGAGACAGAAGAUCGCCACCUUUAAACAGCUGGUAGAUGAGCCGUUCUGCGACGCUUGGGAGCGAUUCAACGUCUACCGCAGGGGGUGCCCACAUCACGGUUUUGAAGAAGACUAUCUACUCGGAGUGUUCUACGAUGGAGUAGGUUGGGAGUACAGGAAUGCUUUAAACUCAGCCAGUAAUGGAAAUUUCAUGACCCAAUCCACUCAAGGCGCUUUCGCGCUGAUUGAGAACAUGGCCUCAAGCUCAGCUGACAGCAACCGAGAGACUGACCGCACCCAAAAGGUGAACAGCAUCGACAAUAGCAAAAUAGAUGAGCUCUCUGCCAAGGUCGAUCAACUGAUAAAGAUUAAUCAGAACCAUGUCUUCAUCAUGGAAGAAUCCCCUCAGGAUAAAGGAACCACAGACACUACAUCAGAAGCAGACCAGGCGACUGAGGACCAUCAUGAGGUUAGCUAUGUGAAUGGACAAGGAUGGCAGUUCAAGAACUACCACCCGAACCCUAACGUGAGGAACAACCCCCACCUGUUCAACAACCCUAAACCCGAUGGUAACGCAGAAAAUGCUCAAGGCAAUCAGGUUCAGAACAGUGGCUACCAACGGGGGUAUGGAAAUCAAGGAAGAACAUUUGUCCUCAGCCCAGCUCAGAAUACUCAGUUCCACAACCAGAAACAACCGACUAACCAGCAGCCUGCACAGCCUGCUCAAACUGCUCCACAAGACGAGAUGAAGAGUCUUGCCAAUAAGAUGAGCCAGCUGCUCCAAGGACAGCAGAUCCAGGGAAAACACUGA